AUGGCUCGCAAAAAUAACAAAUCAAAGGCUGAGAAGCCUAUUGAGCCACAGUCUGAUGUAGAAGAUCUGGAGAAAGAUGAGGAAGAGUUAGAACUCGAAAAGAUUGUUUUUGGCGAUUUAGAUGGAUUCGAGACUGGACUGAAAGCCUUGGAUUUGGAUAAUUUUGGUGAUGAUGAGGGGGAUAAUGAUGAAGAUGGAGAACUGAGUGAUCGAGAAAUUGAAGGCAGUGAUGCUGAUAAUGAUUUUGGAGCUGUUCAAGAUGAUAAUCUAUUUUUCGUUGACGAUAGUGCAGCCGCUGCUGGUAUGGACAUUAGUGAUGAUGAGGAUAUCUCUGGCUCUGAUGUAGAUGAUUCAGAUAAUGAAUCCGAUUUUACAGAUCCUGAUUCAGUACUUGAUGUUCAUGGAGGUACUGCAGCUUGGAUUGACUCAGACGAUGAAAAAUUGCAGGUAUCUCUGAAGUCAUCCGAUAAACUCAAGAAACUCCGCAAAAGUCUGGCUGAUAAUGUAGUUGAUGGCAAAGAAUACACUCGCCGAUUACGAAGCCGGUUCGAAAAAAUGUAUCCAGUACCUAAAUGGGCUCGACAAGAAGAACCUAAAUCAAAAGGAAAAUCGGACUCUAACUCAAGCGAUGAAGAAGAUAAUGACAUUGAAAUGGACGACUCGGAGGAGCCUCGUGCACUUACAGCUGAUCCACUGGCUAAAUUACUUACAACACAAUCAACUUAUAUCAGCAAGUCGAUACCUAGGUUAUUACCGCCAUCCGUUCUUGAUAUCACUCGUCUCAAGGAUGCCAAUUCUUCGUUAGUAUCGAAAUCUGGUGUGCAAACUUUAGAUUUCCACCCAACACAUCCACUGUUACUCUCGGGUGGUUAUGACCGUACUUUGAGAAUGUACCACAUAGAUGGUAAAUCAAAUCCAGUUGCCACAUCACUUCACGUACGAAGCUCACCAUUCCAAACAGCUCUAUUCCAUAAAGAUGGAACAAAGGUGUUUGCAGGUGGAAGAAGACGUAAUUUGUACAUAUGGGACAUCGAAACUGGUAAGGUGGAUACCAUCACUAGAAUGUACGGACAUGAAGACAGUCAGAAAAGUAUGGAAAAGUUUCGACUAUCGCCAGAUGGCCAAUAUAUUGGCCUCAUUGGUAGUGGUGGCUGGGUCAAUAUAUUAUCAACAGCGUCAGGACAAUGGGUUACAGGUGCUAAGGUUGAAGGUGUGAUUGCCGAUAUUGCAUGGCAUAAGACUGGUAACUUUUCAAAUCUAUCCAUUGUGAACACCGGGGGAGAUAUCUGGGAGUGGGACUCUAGAGCACGCAAGUUUUCCGAUAAAUGGAAAGAUGAAGGUGGUUUGGGUGUUACCACUAUGUCCAUUGGCGGUAAGAAUGACAGGUGGUGUGCAGUGGGAAGUGCUAGUGGUAUUGUCAAUGUUUAUGACCGUAAAAAUCCUGUGGUAGGCAUGAAGUUAUCCGAAGCAGAAGCUCCUAUCUACAAACCCAAGGCCGUACUAGAUCAGCUUGUCACCUCAAUCAGUAGUUUACAAUUUUCGCCCGAUGGGCAAAUGCUUGCUAUGGGAUCUCGAGCUAAAAAGGAUUCAUUCCGUAUUGCCCAUGUUCCAUCAUUCACCGUCUUUAAAAAUUGGCCAACUUCCGGUACCCCACUUGGAAGGGUCACAUCUGUUGCAUUCACACCGGGUACUGAAAUGAUCUGUGCGGGUAAUGACGCUGGUAAAGCCCGACUAUGGAAGUUUAACCAUUACUCUUAA